AUGCCGCCCGCGAGCGACAUCCCUCUGGACGUCGCCGGCAUCAUCUCGACGGUCCUCGAGGGCGUCCUCUAUGGUUUUUCGAUUUUCAUGGGCGCUGCGACCGUCUGGGUACUGAAGAGAGGCCGCAAGUGGAAGGACGUGCACAAGCUCAUGCUGUUUGCGUCCUUCCUGCUCUUCGCCUUCAGUACAGCUCACCUUUGCAUAGACAUCAGGAGGAUCUACCUAGGCCUUGUUCGGCACCGCAACACUAUCGGAGGGCCCAUCGCCUAUUUCUCUGACGUCUCGCAAGAGACUUUCGUGUCGAAGAAUGGGAUCUAUACUGCUCAUACCGCCUUGGGCGAUGGUGUUGUUAUAUACCGUUGUUACAUGGUGUGGCGCAAGGUGUGGGUCAUCGUGCUCCCGAUGAUCCUGUGGUGCUCUGUCCUAGCAAGUGGCAUCGGGACUGUCUACACCAUCGCGCAAGUCACCCCGGAGUCCGGCAAUAUCUUCGCAUCGAACACAGCGAGGUGGAUCACCGCCUUCUACGCGACAACUCUGGCGUGCAACUUCAUGGCCACCGCGCUCCUUGCCUACCGGCUCUGGUCCGCCGAGCGCGGCUCUCAUGUCUGGCGGAGUGGGCGCAGCUCCAUCCGGCCCGUCCUCCUGAUCGUCGUCGAUGCCGGCGUCCUCUACUCCGUUACGCUCUUUUGCGCCCUCAUUCUCUUCGUCUCCCAAUCGCGGGCGCAGUACGUGGUGCUGGACUUGAUCACGCCCAUCAUCUCCAUCUCGUUCUACAUGGUCCUCCUCCGCGUCGGGCUUAAGGCGCAGGAGAAGACACAGGCGAACGGCCUCACCGCGCUCAGCAGCGGUGACCGCAGUGGGAUGCGCUACGCGCCGCACGCGUCAUACUACCGUAGGGACACCAUGCAAGUCCACAUAAGCCGGCUCACCGAGACGCAAAUACUAGAGCAGGACAAGACGUUCGCGGAGACCGGGAUCAACGGGGACGAGCCGCUGUCGCUACGUUCGAGCGAUUCGCCUCCACUCCGUACAGACGACCUGCCCAUACCUCGUUCAGGCGACGCGCUCGCACUUCGUUUCGAUGAACCACCACGACACGCCCAUCCUCCCGCCGGUUACAUCCCGUGA